GCUGGACGAGCAGAGAGAGGGACAGGCUCUGUCGGUGAACACAUAAUAAUAAUUAUUAGUAAUAUUAUUAUAAGAUAUUUCUGGGAGGUGGAUAGGUUAUUUUUUGACGACAGAUUUUUCCUCAAGAAGAGUGGAAAUGGACGCCUUGCGUUGUGUUUUUUUCCUGGUCUGUGCCUGCUUUGCUUAUCAAGCUGAUGGGCGCAAAACAUUUGCUGACAUGUUCCCUCACAAGCAUGUAGGGAAGUUACCUUUUCCAAUCCCACCAAUCCCUGGCUGGGAUCCUGACACCAACCCCUGGGAUGAUUACCUCUACCCUCCACUUAACCCAAAGCUGCAAGCUCUCUCACGCCACAAAGGUAAACCCAAGGUUCGCCUGACAAGCGACAGCCCAGCUCUCAACGGCUCUUGUGUCUCCUUCACUGCGAAGCUGGAGUAUCCUCCCUGUCAGAAGGAGGACGCCAAUGGGGACCUUGUGUGGGAUGAUCACUGUGAGGACGCCAAUGGACAGGUGCGUUCUGGCUAUGUGUACAACUGGACUUCCUGGCUGGACGACUAUGGUUUUGGAAAGUGUACGGAUAAGACGAAAUGCAAUGUCUUCCCUGAUGGCAAGCCCUUCCCUCAGAGCAAUGACUGGAGGCGCAAGAGUUACGUCUACGUGUGGCACGCCAUGGGCCAGUACUACGAGACGUGUGAUGGCUCCUCCUCCAGUUUGACCAUCAACACCACCACCAUCCCUCUGGGUGCAGAAGUCAUGGAGGUCAUGGUCUACAGGAAACGUGAGCGCAGGAAGUACAGCCCCCUCACCACUGACAACACCGUCUUCUACGUCACAGAUAAGAUCCCACUGGCGGUCAACAUCUCCCAGAAGGCUGCGGUCAACCAGUCGGACAAUGUUUUCUUUCGUGGUGAGGACGUGGUCUUCAAAGUCCAGGUCCACGACCCCAGCGGCUACCUCAAAACCGCAGCGUCCAUUGACUACAUCUGGGACUUCAGAGAUGGCAACCAGCUGGUGACACACCGCGACCUGACCACACACAACUAUAACACGGUGGGGAACAUGAGUGUGAAGCUGGUGGUGGAGGCAGCGUUCCCUAUGGAGUGUCCGCCAACCUCUGCCACCCCAACUCGGAGGAGCACCACGCCACCACCUCCCACAGAGGCUCCCACACCUCCACCCAUCACUCAUGCUAUGACUGUCAAGAUGGACACCACACAGGUGCCACCCAGCACCAGCCAGCCCCUUCCUGCCUCCUCUGCCAUCGUCAUGACAACGGGCGUGCCCACCACGGAGCCCCUGCUGACCCCAGAGUCCAACCCCACCACCCUGGCCUGGCUCCGCAACAGGAACUUUAAAAGAAAUGGGUGCUUCCGCUACGUCUAUGGGACCUUCACUGGCAAUAUCACCAUUAUUGAGCCCAAGCACGCACUGCACAGACAGCCAAACAGCCGUAUUGUGGACGUGUCAGCUGCCAGAGUGACCGACACUGACAUCAGCUUCCUGGUGAAAUGUCUGGGCAACAUCCCCACUUCAGCCUGCACCAUUGUGUCAGACCCCACCUGUACUCAGGUGCGUGGCAUUAUGUGCGAUGACGUGCCGCCCUCUUCAAAAUGUGAAGUGCGUCUCAGGCGAACAUUCCCAGAGCCUGGCACCUACUGUGUCAACAUCACCCUGGAGGACUCCAGGAGCCUGAGCCUGACCAGCACCACUGUCACCAUCAACAAGUCCCAGGAUACACCUGUGUCCAAGACUUCUCACACUGCAGAGGUGGUGCUCUCCUCGACCGCUGUGCUGGCGGCUGUCUUCGCAUUCAUUGCCUAUCUGGUCUGCAAGCGCUACAAGGUGUACCGUCCCAUUCGUAGGUCCCUGGUGGAAGAUGCAAGCAGGAAUGCUGGGGUCAGGGGUCGCAUGAACCGUCUGAAGGAGUCACUCUUCCCCUCCAGCGAGGAGAGCCACCACUUGCUGACUGAGAGGCGCCCCCUGUAGGCUUUGUAGAGUUGCUCCAAAGCAUUGCUGCCCUCAAUGGCAAGAAGAAAAAGCACAGUUGACAUUAAUAAAUGAAAGCACAAGUGAAAUUGUUAAAAAGCCAAUUCAGCAGGAAGCCAUUCAUGUCUGUGGCAAAAUAUUAGUAAAGAAUUCUAAUGCCUUGUUUGUGUCUUAAUUAUAGUUAAAGUGUUGGCUACAGCUACAGCAGUAUAUGAUUAGCAGGAUGAUUUACUAAAGAGGCUGUUAAAUGUCUGACUGAGGCACCGCUCCUUUUGAUCUCCUUGUGCUGGCUCAUCAUUGCAUAAACUAGUUGCUAGGAGAUGAAUUGGGUUCAAGUCGUGGCUGAAAUGCUUUUGCGUGAAUUUUGUGCCAAGUGCUGUCUUACACUGCUGCACCUUACACUGUGAUGAGAAAUUUGAAAUCAUUGAGAUAGUUUGCCAAUAUAACAUUUUACUACUGGUGACAUGUGCGUGCUCUUCCUCAGUCGGAUGAAUUAAAAUAAAAAAAAUUAAAAAACUAAUUCAAGGAAAACACUGGAAAGUUGAGCUGACUCUAAUAAAGGUUGUGAACUAAUCA